AUUACCAACAAAAAUGAAAUAAAAAACACAGAUCAAGAACCUCCGCGAUUACAAUCAUGAUGGCAGAAGCUGUGUUUGGUGUAUCGACGAGUCCUUCUUUCUCUCUUCGGCCCACAACUGCCACCACUUCUUCUAGAACCUUCCACACUCUUCCAACAACCACCACCGUUUCGCUGUUUCACACUCCUGCAUUCAGUUACUUGCGUCAAAGCUUAACUCAUUCCAACACUAGCUCUCACGUGUACGCUGCCGUUGUCUCUUCCGAUUCGAAAGCAUCUUCCGUUGACCUAGGUCAACCAGAAUUGGACAAUACCGGUGGUGGUGGUAGUGCCGGAAACGGUUUUGGAGACCGCGGUGGUGGUGGUGGUGGUGGCGGCGGCGGCGGUGGGAACGACGAUAACAAGGACAAAGAAGGAUCUGACGCGGAACAUAAGAGGAGGAUGGCUCUCUUGAUGUCUCAGAAAUUCACUCUUGGUUACGCUGCUCUCGUAGGAGUGGGUGGUCUGAUGGGCUAUUUGAAGAGUGGGAGCCAGAAGUCGCUUUUGGCCGGUGGCGUGUCUGCGGCUUUGCUGUAUUAUGUGUACACUGAGCUACCUCUGAGGCCUGUUUUUGCAUCAUCUGUGGGCCUUGGCAUAUCAGCUGCACUUUUGGGGGUGAUGGGUUCUCGUUUCAAGAAAUCAGGGAAGAUCUUUCCAGCAGGUGUUGUUUCCUUAGUCUCCCUUAUAAUGACGGGUGGUUACUUGCAUGGAAUUAUGCGUAGCUCUCACUAGAAUACUAGAAUGUAAACAAGGAAGGUGAGAUUGUAGGGUAUCAUGCAAUCUUUGGCUAAAUACAAUCUCCUUUUGUUAUGAGCAUUGUGUUGCUUUCUAGGGCCUUUGUUGUGAAAUAAAGAGCCAGAGUUUGGAACUUCUGUGUUGCCACUGUUUACGAGCAUUGUUAUUAUUAUUUUAAGAUGGACCAUUUCCUCGUGUUAAGGAUGUUAGUAUGUUACAUAAAUUUUGGUCAUUAACAAUCAAUAUGGAUCACUCUGUGUAGAGUUUGUGUGUUA